AUGGGUAAGAAGAGGAAGAGGCCCGUCAAGGGUGACCGUGCGUCGAACAAGUCGUCUCAGGCAGACCUUGCUACAGCAUCCACUUGUUUCAAGAAUAAGAGCAGCCUCGGUCGUGCUCAUGCGGAAGAACACGCUCAUCCUGUCAUCUCCUUGUACUAUCCCCAAGUGGUGACACUGAGACAAUACCUCUUACGACAAAUACCCCUAUCCUCCAGGUCUCGCCGUCGAAGAAUUGUGUCAAUACGGGAUGACCAGCCUCCUGUCAGGAUAAGCAACGAUGGUCACUCAGGGGCACAGCUUGCCAAGCUCCUUGAUACAACCCUGGUGGGGAUAUUGACGGAGUCGCCUCCCACGUGCAACGAGGAGCGACGGCAAGAGCUAGCUGCAUUUACGCAGUCGCAGUCCAGGUCUGAACUCAUCAGCACGGACACCGGACCACCAUGUGCUCAGGCAGAGAUUGUCGAUUUCGUCAUAUCGUCUCUCUUUAAUCGCAACCGCUUUUCUCGUCAGCAACCGCGUCAUCUUUUGGCCAGGGGCUUUAGAAGGGCGAGCGCGGCUCAUGUCCCAUGUGAGAACAGCACAAUUACAUGCAGCAUUCCGGGCCUUGUGGCACAGUUUCCAAAUGGCAAUGUCCAGAUUCUUAAGCAGGCGCCAUGGACUGAUGUGCUUGGCUUGUUGGGGAUUAACGGAGAAGAGAUACUGAUGAGGCUCCUGUUUGAUUGUGGAAUAUUCACAGCCGUUGAUCAACAAAGAGGCAUCUACUUCCAACUUAGCGGGCUCCCUCUUUCAACACUCGAGCCUGUUAAUAAGGCGCAACAAAGUGAUUUGGCGCCCAAGAAUACAUUCCCCCCUGUCCCAAACGAGUCCGUGCCAGCUCCAGAUAUCAAAAGAAAGGCCAAGAGCGAUCAUGUGCGGGCACUAGCCCCCAUCGUUUUCUUUCGUCGACGUAUUCUCUAUGCUUCCCCAAGUCUCGAUUCAAGAGGAAAGAUCCAGUUUGGAAUGAAUAACCGUACGUAUAAUGUUCUGAACCGGUUUCCCUCUUCCAAAUCUCUGGCUCAUACUGUACAUAUUUUGAAAUAUGUCUUUCCAAAACAGUUCGGCUUGCAUAAUAUCUUCUCGAGCUUGUCAUGUGGCCAAGACAUGCAAUCCUGCAAAGACUACGCAUCUCGUGAGGAGGAAAUUGCGAAUGCUGAGAAGCAAAGACAAGCCCGUUCAAAACGUAUCCAAGCGGGCGAAUGCGGUUCCUUGAUAAAAAUUCCAAAAAGACUUCAAGGCCAGACCAUAGAACUGGGGCAACAGUUGCAGAACCGAAAUAAACACUGCUCAUAUCCGCAUCUACUCAACUAUUACUGUCCAUCAGAGUGCAUUGGCCCGUGGAAACUCAGUCCUGACCCCCCUCGGGGAGAUCCAAAAUCGUCAGCAUCAGAAUCUCUGAUCACUCAACCACGACUGUCCUGGCAGCAGUCCGGCUUGGGCUCAAGUAAAGAACCCUUGGCGUCCUCAGAUACCUUGGUGGUCCCCGUUAUUCAAAAGCCAAAGCUCAGCUUGACGGAUUAUGCAACGCCAGUCUCAUCUGUGUCAGCCUUCUGUAGAGCAGUGUUACGGAACCUGAUUCCUCCUCAAUUCUACGGAACUGGCCCAAACAGGAUUCGGCAUCAGAACAUCGUCCUCAAGCACGUCGACCAGUUCGUACGUAUGCGGCGUUUUGAGAGUCUGAGCCUUCAUGAAGUGUGCAAGGGUAUCAAGGUUCGUUGGCAGCGUCCUUUUGCUUUCUGCUGUGUCUGA